CAGAGCGCAGACUCGGUCCUUCUACCGAGAAAUCACACCGCCAGUUAUAUAAGAGCCCAACGGGAUUUUCAGACGCGUUGAACACUUUUUAUAAUUGAAUCACCUUGAGUUGUAAUCCAGAGGAAGCGCUUUUUAUGCGCGCAUUUUCAAAGGGAAGAUGCGCAAAAAGCUUUAGCGCAGCUACGAGAACUUGGCGCAUCGUUUCUUUGAUCUUGGAGUUUUGAGGCUGAAGAAAUAAGCCAUGUUCCCUCUGCCGAUGUUUACUCCAGACCAGGUGGCUCGAGUGUGUGAAAACCUGGAGGAGACGGGUGAUAUGGAACGGCUGGGACGCUUUCUGUGGUCCCUGCCUGCGGCGGUCCCCGGGGCGGCUGGAGAGGCCCUCAACCGCCACGAGUCUGUGAUGCGUGCACGGGCAUUGGUGGCCUUUCAUGGGGGAAACUUUGAGGCCCUCUAUCAGAUCCUGCAGAGCCACCGCUUUACCCGAGAGUCCCAUGCCAAGCUGCAGGACCUGUGGCUGGACGCUCACUACCGAGAGGCCGAGCGACUGAGGGGAAGGCCCCUCGGGCCCGUGGAGAAAUACAGGAUCCGCAAGAAGUUCCCCCUGCCCCGAACCAUCUGGGACGGAGAGCAGAAGACACACUGCUUUAAGGAGAGGACACGGAGUUUGCUGAGAGAGUGGUACCUGCAGGACCCGUACCCGAACCCAUCCCGCAAGAGGCACCUGGCUCAGGCCACAGGCCUCACCCCCACACAGGUGGGCAACUGGUUCAAGAACAGACGCCAGAGAGACAGAGCAGCGUCGGCCAAAAACAGACUGCAACAAGACCCUUCCCUCCUCCCUUCUGGUAGCUCUCCUGAAUGUUCUUCCUCAGAGCACAACCCCCACCUGCAAGGCUCCUCCCUGCACCGCCCUGGCAGCCCAGAGAAUAGUGACUGCAGCUCAGGUACAGAGCCUCAGGGCACCAGGGCCUCCACGCCUGACAUAUCAGUCAGUAGUGACAGUGAAUAUGAGUCCUGAGCAAAGCCCCAGUCUGCCCAGCCACCGAAACCAUUAAACACACACUCCUCCUGACCCUCAGAGACUUUCUUCAACUGAGCCAAGAUGCCAACCAGGUCACUAUGGAGACUGUGAACUGAUGAUGGAUCUGUGACAGCAACGAGGGCUGCCAUGGAUGUUCACAUGCACUUAAAAGGACCUUUGUGACAUUCUGACUUAUCGGAUGUUGUCAAAGAAAACAAGAGGCACAAUAAUAUUUGACCUUAUACUGCUGAUAAUGAUGCAAUGACAUAAGAGAGAUACAAUGAUAUACUGAGACACUGGCUUAAUAAUGGCUUUUUUAAAAUCUUUUAUUUCACAUGCUGAAUCAUUUUGUUAUGAAUAGUCUUCUUUCACUGGUAUAUAUCUAUGAUAUUGUUCACUUACUGAACUGUUACAUUUAUUUCAGACCUUAUAAGGGACCCAUGCACUUGAAUGUUCUUAAUGAUCCCUGUGUACUGGGUGUGCCAAAUAAAUCACAUCAACCAAAACUACAUUCACCAUCCAAGCCCCCAUUGGCUCCUUUGUAUAUUUUUAUUCAGUAAUGAAUAUUAUUUUUCAGAUGGCACAAAAAGUCUUCUUUAAAAUGGUGCAUUGUCAGCAAGAUACCUAUUAGCAGUAGCAUUUACCUAAGCAUAUUAAUCUUACAUGUGUGUAUAAAAGCUGCUUUUUAUCACCGCAAAUAUGGAGGUAGCUGUUUACUUGCCACUCAUAAUCUGUCUUGUAUGCAUUUCAAAGAGACUUAUUUUCAUUAAUAGAAUACAUCAUACAAACUCUUCAAGACUGGGUAUUCAUACAUACAGCAUAACAGUAGCAUCAGCAGGAUUGAAUUAACACAGAGACUGAAUAUCAAAUGGAUCUCCUUUCCAUUUACUGUACAUCUUAUAUCACACACGAAGGGAGUUCUACAUCCAAAUAGUGCACCACAUGUCCAAAAGGGAGGUGUUUAAGUUUCAUUUAAGUCAGUACAAGUUGUACAUGUACAAACACUGUAAGAAUUGAUGCAACCUAGUUAACGAAUACUGUUCAGAUUUGUUUUGUAUAAGGAUGAAAUACUGUAAACCUGUCAACCUGUCUGUUGUGCAUGAUGAAGACGAUCAUGCUACUUUGAUUAACUAUUCUGACCCCUUCACACAGUGCAGACUGCAGUUAGCCUAAUUUUCAUCAUCAAGUUUCUCAGUCACUAUGCCUUCUCUGUCAGUUCUGAUGUUAUUUGUCUUCCUCUGAGAAAUCCUGAAAGAAUAAAGAUGGGAUGAGACUAGAAAGCUUAAAGAUGAGGUGCGAGGGGAAAAGUUAUUAAUCAUCAAACUUGGUCUUAACUCAACUCAUGUGCCUACACUUCUGAGUCAAAAAUGAUACCCGUUUGUCAGAUUAGGGACCACAGACGCUUUUACCCCCCCAAACCCUGUGCAGACUCACCAAAGCUGAAAAGACUGUUGUAGUUUCGAUGUCUGAUGUAUAGUUUUUAAAUAAACUGUUUUUGCUCAAAA